UUCUGCUGCUAGAACUCCGCCGUCCCACUAAUGCCUUUCCCUUGUCCUCCCUACUACACCCCACCGCCCUAUGACCUUGCUUCUCCGGCGCUCCUCCGCAGCCCCCGCCCCGCCUCCUACUCCGACCAUUCCGUUGCUACCCUCCUCAGCUCCUGCCGGACCCUCCGCGGCCUCGAGCAGAUCCACGCCCGCAUCAUCCGCAAGGGACUCGAGCAGCACCACCUCCUCGCCACUCGCUUCAUCUCCCUCUGCGACACCCUCGCCGCUCCUGCCUACGCCACCGCCGCCUUCGCCCGCCUCGCCCACCCCAACCUUAUCCUCUGGAACGCACUCCUCGCCGCCCACGCCCGCCACUCCGCCUUCUCCGCCACCCUCGACGUCUUCAACCGCCUCCGCCGCUUCUCCCCCCUCCCCCCUGACGCUUUCACCUUCCCCUCCCUCCUUCGCUCCUGCUCCCACGAGCCCGCUUCCCUCACCGUCGGCGCCUCCGUCCACGCUGCCGUCAUCCGCUGCGGCCUCGAGGUCGACAUCUUCGUCUGCACCGCUCUCAUCGACUUCUACGGCAAGUGCCGCGAGAUCGAGGCCGCUAGGAGGGUCUUUGAUUCUAUGGAACAUCGAAAUGUGGUAUCUUGGACGGCUAUGGUUGUUGGAUAUCUAAAUUCUGUUGAUUUGGAGGAAGCUAGGGCUCUGUUCGAUGAAAUGCCGAAGAGAAAUGUGGCAACUUGGAAUGCCCUGAUUGAUGGUUAUGUCAAGUCUGGAGAUUUGCUUGGUGCUCGAAAGCUUUUUGAUGAGAUGCCCGAAAGGAAUGCAAUCUCCUUUACUUCGUUGAUCAAUGGGUAUGCGAAAGCUGGGGACUUGGCAUCAGCUAGGCUCUUGUUUGAGCAGUCGAAGGACAGGGAUGUUGUGUCAUGGUCAGCGAUGAUCUCAGGUUAUGCCCAGAAUGGCCUCCCUGGUGAGGCUUUGAAGAUCUUUCUCGACAUGUAUGAUCGGAAAAUCAAACCUGAUGAGUUUGUUGUUGUGGGCUUGAUGUCUGCAUGUUCCCAAUUAGGUAGCCUUACGUUGGCCAAAUGGGUGGAUUCAUACAUUGCCCAUUGCCCAAUCGAUGUUAAAAGGGCCCAUGUCUUGGCUGCAUUGAUAGACAUGAAUGCAAAAUGUGGGAACAUGGAAAGAGCUUCUCUUCUGUUCGAGUCAAUGCAAAGGAGGGACUUGAUCUCGUAUUGUUCAAUGAUGCAAGGGUAUUCUAUUCAUGGGGCUGGAGCCAAGGCAGUGGAUCUCUUCUCCCGGAUGCUUCAAGAAGGGAUUUUGCCUGAUGAGGUUGCGUUCACAGUUGUCUUCACUGCAUGUAGUCAUGCUGGGCUGGUUGAAGAAGGGUAUAAAUAUUUUGAGUUGAUGAAGAAUCACUAUAUAGUUGUUCCUUCUCCAGAUCAUUAUGCAUGUGUGGUGGAUCUACUUGGUCGGGCAGGGAGGUUAGAAGAGGCUUACGAGUUAAUCAAAUCAAUGCCAUUGGAGCCUCAUGCUGGAGCUUGGGGUGCAUUGCUAGGAGCUUGCAGGUUGCAUUGCAAUAUCGAGCUUGGUGAAGCUGUGGCAAGGAGACUUUUUGAACUAGAGCCACAGAAUGCUGGUAAUUAUGUGUUGUUAUCAAAUAUCUAUGCAGCAGCUGAUAGGUGGGCUGAGGUGUCAAAGAUAAGGACUAUAAUGAGAGGGAGAGGAAUUAGGAAGAUUCCUGGUUGUACUUGGAUUUAGAAAGAAGCAUAUUCUUGGUACCAUCCUAUUUUUGUCAGAACAUGCAAAUCUUGCUGCUGGUCCAUUGUUUGAAGAGCUGACAUAACUUUUUUAAUUACUCAUAGGGCAAGAUUCAGAGAUAUCAGAUCAAAAAGCGAUUGCGGCAGUAGCAACUGAAAUUUUGGAGCAUUAUGCUAUCUCCAUUACCUGGAUGAUUGGAGCUUGUUACAUAAGUGACGAUUGUUAUACUUAAUGGACAACAGGCUGCUAUUCCCUGUUGUAGUGAUAAGAUAAAGAAUUCACCAAGGGAUGUUGAGGAUGAUGGCUUCAGGCUUAUAUUUAAUCUAAGUCUCCUGAACAGUGAAACUCUUUGUAUUUAUAUGACAAUUGGCCUUGUCAAUGAGAUUUCUUUGCUCCACCAAAGCAAUGAAAAAUGAUGGCUGCUGGGAAUCUGUUGAUUCUAAUUUGCUGCCUGAUUUCGCACUUACAAAAGGAGUAAGCAUAUCUAUGUACUGGAUCUGAUGAUAUGCAUCUUUUCCCAGCAAUCCAGUAGUGCAAAUAUGAUACCCAUCAAUUGGAGACAUUUACUUCUAUCAAUUAAAGACAAAAGUGAAGCCGCUCCAGCUUCAUUGGAAAUGAUUUUUGGGUGCAGUGUGAGAACUUGAUGCAUAUGUUGCAUUUUGGCAGCUCUCACAGCGAACCUAGUGACAUUUUCAACUAACAGUACUGUGGACAGAGGACAGAAUGGCACGUUAGUUACAGUCUGGAGCUGUGAAGAGAGAUUUGGAACAAAGUAGUACUGCUAUGUACUUUAGAAAGAACAUUGAUGUCCAUGGGUUCAUUGUUAAGCCUUGAUCAGCUUUCUGGAAUGACCUGAUUCUUCACUAGAGAAAGCACAACUUGGAAAUAAAAUGAAAUCAAGUCCAAGCGUUUCUCAGCAACAGCAACAUAUAUCAAGCAGAGAAGAAAUUGUCAAAGAAAAACAAUGAUGAUAGCGACAACAAUUAUAGCAAUAUGAGCAAUUACAGUGCUGUUCUCUAUGACAGUGAUGGUAACAAUGGCAGUGAGGAAGAUGCAUAGGUUCUUAUAAUUCAUACCAACUGUAAAAGUUUGAAGUUCAGAUCAACAUCACUGGGGACCGAGCUGCUGCCCAGGUAUGAUUGUGCAUAAUGUUGCACGUCCUCUGAAUGUUCUGCCAUUAUGUUCUCUUUUGAUUUAUCUGUGCUUAUAGUUUUUUUUUUGCCCACAUGAUAGCAUUGCUGUCUUAUUGAUUCUCUUUUUUUUAAUCAAUGACAUGUCUUUUCAAAUAUAUAAUUUCUGCAAGUCCUAUAGUUGCUUAAUACACACUUUUGAAGUUAUAUUGCUUUUCUGGUUAGCUUGUUUGAAAAUGAUUGCAUGUACCGUAUGUGAUAAUCAUCUAUUAUAUGUUGCUGUUGAUUUUUAGAACUUGAAAUUUUGUUGUGAAGCACUUAAGUCAAAAGGAUUCACCUGCUCUUUUUAAACAGUGCCAACCAAAGAAAUUUAGAAAUAGACACCUUUGUUUCCCCUUUUAUUAGUAACAAGUGCUUUGACAAUGUGACAUGAAUGGCUGCCCUUAAUUUUGUGAUUCUUGAGUACAAAUUUGCUGAAAUGAUAAUGUUUCACCCUUUGCACCCAUUUUUGUGAGAGUUCUGGCGUGAAAAAUGUUCAAUGGCUUUGCAUUCUCUUGGAAGACUGUUUUUUUCUCUGUACCAAGCUACAGCUUAAUUAUUUUAGCUGCUUAUAAAAUGAUUCUAAUUUUAUAUUUAUCACUAGGGAUUUUUGGCUUAUUUAUCUUAGCCAUGUACACUUUACACACAUUUCACAUGGCAGUUCUCACAUGAAAAAUGUUCAAUGAUUUUACAUUUUGUUGGAAUACAUUUUUUUUACUAAUAAAAUUACUAUCUUAAGUUGCUUUAGACUGUAUAAAAAGAUUCUUUGCAUACAAUUGCCUCUAUGAGUUGUCAGUCUUGAUAAGCAUUGUCACAUGAUGUUUUAUCUUUACAUGUCCAGUGGUGUGCCGGUCAACUUGUUUAAUUUGUCCUGAAUCUGCCGGAUAUUCUACUUCACCUCAUAGGAAUCUUCUGUGUGUCUUUGCCUACUAGAGUAAAGAGUGUUUGAUGUCUCUUCACCUAUAACAUGAUUUCUUGUAAAAAAAAUUGAAAUUCUGAUAUUAGAAGUUCUGGUACGAUGGAAGGAAUGUCUAGACUUUCGAACAAGUUAAUGCUUGGUCUGCAACAUGAGACUUUCUUCGAGUUGGUGCAUGUUUCUGUUCUCCCUCUUCUGGACUCACGUUUGGACAUGGUGAAUAGGUUACAAGGGCCUCUUUUUUUGGUAGAUGGGCAUGAAAGAUUUGGGAAACUACAGUUUGAAAAAAGAAAUCACUUUGCUAACC